CUCUUGCGUUUGACGAAUGAGGUUCAGUGAAUCGUUCGCCAUCUUUUGGAGUUGGGGUGAUUGUGGCUUGGGAGAAGGUGUUUUGUUGUGUCUGUAAUCCAUUUUCAUCGUCUUGCUUGUCGCAGGUUGACUGAUUCUAAACAAUGAGUGGAGGCACGCCAUAUUUAGGUAGUAAAAUAAGUUUAAUAUCCAAAUCUGAAAUACGUUAUGAAGGAAUUUUAUAUACAAUUGAUACGAAAGAAUCAACGGUUGCUCUGGCAAAAGUGCGUUCAUUUGGAACAGAAGAUAGACCGACAGAUCGUCCAGUUGCUCCUAGAGAUGAAGUUUAUGAAUACAUAAUAUUUCGAGCUAGUGAUAUAAAAGAUUUGCAUGUUUGUGAACCUCCAAAACCUCAACCUACAUUAACAGGUGGUUUACCAAAUGAUCCAGCUAUUGUGCAGGUAUCUACUGGAAUACAUCUGAAUGACAGGAACCAAAAACAUGGGCAGAUGUCAGCACCAGUAUCAAGUGGUUCUUCAAUUGUCCCCCCAUCUAAUUUUGGGCAAACAGGUUCAUUUGGUCCAGUUGGUGCUUUACCUUCUUAUCAAGCUUAUCCUCAAUCAACUAUGCCACAACCAUUUCCAACUUGUGCUUCUCAGCAUUCAGGUUCAAGAUCUGGUACUCCAACUCCCACUCCACAACAACAGAAAAGUCCCACUAUCAAUGCUACUGUCCAAGUAUCAAGUUCAGGGAGUAUUAGAGAAGAAGUAAAAGAUGGUAAAUCACAGAUACAGCAGUUGUCACAACGUCAAACAAACAAAAAUACUGGGCAUCUAUCCUCUUCGGGUCAAACCCAAAAGCGUUCAUCCAACAAUGGACAGAGAUCACAGCAGCGAGGCCGAAAUCAGAGACGUGGUAGAAAUCAACGAGGACGUCAAAAUUAUUCUGGUAGACAGAAAAAUAUUCUUCAGUUUGAAAGUGAAUAUGAUUUUGAGCAGGCUAAUGCAGAGUUUCAAGAACUGGAAGGGAAGCUUGCAAAGACGAAAUUAGAGGAUGGAAGGCAUUUAGCAGAGGACAAAGAUAGAUCUUCAGGAGAAAAAUUGACAGAUGGUAUUCAAGCUUCUGCUAGUACUGGAAAUCAGUUACAUGCUUAUCAUGAAGAAGAGACUGGUGAUCGAAUUCGAUGUGCAGAUGAUAAGAAAGAUGAUUCUGGUAAUGAAACACAAGGUAGAGAAGGCCAAGAAGAAGAAGAAGCAAUAGUUUAUUAUGAUAAAAAUAUUUCAUUUUUUGAUAAAAUUAGCUGUGAUUCCUCAGAGAGAAGUAAAGGAAAUUUUCAACGUCAUGAUUGGCGUCAAGAACGGAAAUUAAAUGUAGAAACUUUUGGAGUUUCAGCAAACAAUAGUUGGAUGAGACGUAAUGCAUGGAGAGGAAGGGGAGGAUUUCGUGGACGAGGUGGAACUAGAUAUAAUAGAGGGGGAGGAAGUUAUUUCAGAGGUGGUCGUGGUGGAGAAAGAUUAGCAAGUUCUGCAGGAAAUCAGAGUAGUGGUCUUCCCAUAAAGUGAAAAUGAUUAGGACAGACCAACCAUCUGCCACAUUGUUCUGGCAUUGGAAUAGUAUGCUUGGUUACAAUUACUGAUAGGGUAUCUGACUAAAAGUAUGUGGCUAUGUGGUUAGUAUUAUGUGAUUUGUACCUGUGUACAGAUUGAAAAUUAUGAUUGUAACAAUGUAAUAUGUUUCUUGUUGUUAUUGGUAGAUCAUUCAUCAUUUUAAAAGGAUUUAAGAACACUCCUUGUUGACCAUGAUUAUUUAACAUUUAUAGGUUCCUCUGAAAUAUUGACAGUAAUUAGUAUUAUUUGGCUUUUGUGUACUUUUUAUAAAAAUGUGAAUCUGCAAUCGAAUACAGAGCAUUGCAAAACAGGUACAGUAAUUCAUUAUGUCUGAUUUUAGUCAGUUUCUAAGAGGAAUAUGGAGUGUUUUCGAAAAGAAAAAAAACUAUUUUGAAAUAAUUAAAGAAAAACAUGUUAAUACACAAAGUUUAUUCAGAUAAACAUUAUUAAUUGACUUGUUUUGUACAGAACAUUUUUAUGUAAUUUGUAUUGUUUCCAGACAAUCUCAUCAGUCAUUACUUUUUACAUUUAGUCUGAAUGUAAUGUAAAUCUAAAUUAAGAAGUGAGUUUAAUGAGCAAUAAAGGCCAAAAUAAACCCAAGUCAAAAGUUACAUCAUCAAACUUUCCAUCUUUCUUAAGAAAAAAAUUUCAUUAGAAGGUUGAAAGGCUUUUUUGCAUCAUUAUUUAUUUUUUUCAGGGUUUUCUUGCCAUGGAUGUAUUUUGCCUUCUUAAAUAUAUCUAUACUUUUAUAUUAAAUAUCAGAUAUAACAAUUAUACUGCAUUUCAUGUGAAUUGUAUAAUUAUAAUUCAUUAAUGUGUUUGGUUAUCAUUUGUUUUUUAUAACUAAAAAACAAAUUUACCAAAUUAAUAUUUUAUGGUUACAGAUUUUAAAUAUAUUUACAAAAAAUAUAUCAGAAAAUAUUGCACUGUAAAAAUUGAAAUAAACUUUAAAAUUUAAAUAGUAGGAAAUCAAAGCAUAUGGUUUCAUAAUAUUGUUACUUAAUUUAAAAAUAGUUUUUGUUUUUAAGUCCUUGUUUAAAGUAAACACCAGCACAAGUUUUAUCUGUAGAAUUACAUUUUGUUGUAUUUAAUUAGAAGAAACUUUGAACAGAUUUAAAAUCUAGUUUGAGUUUGUUCUGAUUAAAAUUCUUUUCUUUAUCAAACACAGUAAAGCAAAUUAUAAUUAAAUAUUGUCCACAGUUCCUAAUGUGGCUAAACUUUAAAACUAUGUAUAAGUUGUUACUAUACGUAUAAGUUUAACUUUUAUGAAUGAAAUUUGAUUGGCUCAAAUAAAAUAUUUCUUUUUUCAAGAACAAAUAAAUCUGUGACCAAAUAUUAUUUACUUAUGUAAUUAUUAUUAUUUUCAAAUGCAAAAUUUAUUUUAUAAUGUUUAAUUAACCUGAAAUUCCAGGAUUAUAUUGGAUAUUCUUUGAUAAAUUUGUUACAUAGUACAAAUAGGUAAAAGAAAAAAGUUAACUGACUACACUUGAAACAAGUAAAUAUUAGAAUUUGAAAUUCUUAUUUAUUUAUAUAUCAUUUCAUUUUAAAUUUUCAUUGGUAUACAAAUGAUUAUUUGUCUAAAAUAACAAUGCAAAUGUGUGCCUAGUCUCCAAAUUAAAAAUUAUUGAAGUAGAUUUUUCAUCAGAACAAGAAAUUUUCAGUUUGGUUUCAACUUAUGAUAUCGAUUGUCAAGUAUUUAAGUACAUUGCAUCAUUUUGAAGAUGUUAUUUAAAAUUUUUUUUAUAAAAUGUGUCAAUAGUAAUAAGCUCUGUUAAAAGUCAAAUUCUACUGGUUGUUGUAAAUAAACUUUUUAGAGUUGGCAAAAAUCUUACUUGGCAAACUGAACAGAAUAAAAGAUUUUAAUGAAUAUA